CACAUAACUGACGUCACGCGGCCUCAAACCCACAGAAUUGUCUGUCUGUGAGGUCAUACGGAGUACGCAAAUUCUUAGGGCUGUGACGUCAUUAGGCGUAAAAAUUAUAGUCCGCCUCGCGAAUUUCUCGCUUGUUUCUUUGAGUUUGCCAAGGAAUCCAGCAAAAUGGCGUCCAACAAACGAGACCUUAAAAUUAUUUCGAUCGCUCAGCUUGUAAUGGCAGGUAUCCUCUUCGUUCUCGGAAUGGUAGACCAUUUUGAAGUUCGCUACAUGUAUGCCAGUCUCAUAUUGAUGCCAAUUUGGAUUGCUCUACUUGUAAGUAUAUAAUAUUUCUCAAAAGAGUGCAAAUGCAAAGUACUGUCUAGAUUUACAUUUUCUAGCAGAGGGUUUAGGUCAGCAAAACAUGCGAAGAUAUCGGAUCUUGCUGUUCUAAAUAACCAUCUGGUCGUUACGGUGUUCUAAUUUCGUUGUUUUGGGACAGGAUUUACUUCGAAGCUUAAAGUGAAAUCCUGUUCCAAUCCCUCAUACUACAAAUGUCGGGUGAAUGUUUACGUAGAAUUACAUUUUACUGGAUAAUCUGAAACCAUUAGGAUUCACAACCUUCCACCUGCAAAUAUCUCGUCCGUAAUUCUUUCGAUAAGAAUACAACCGCACUCUCAAAUUGGGUCAAAAUAUGUUGACAUUGGAAACGUAGAAUACAAAGUUUGCCCUUCAAAAAUGAAUCGGUCGUCUGUGACUUGGAAACAUUCAACUUUUGCUGUUUUUAUAUGUUGAGCGAUCAAAGUAGUUCGAAGAUUGAGAAAUAUAUCACAAUACUUCGAUAAAACAGUCCGCAUCAUUCUAAAGUUAUAUUAGGACUUCUCUCAGUUUUGCUGUAAAGUUAACAAAAUAAACAUUGCGUAGGAUGUUUUACACUAGCGGAAGUCGAUCAGAAAUGCUAAUGAUUGCACUGCCAGACGAAGGGAACUCGAUGAUUUGACCUCGAAUUUCUCUUUUAAAAACAACCUUAGCUUUUAUUUUUAGAGAGAAGUUUUCGGAAAAAUCUGUCGAUGAGAGUAUUUUUGAAUUCAAUGUAAGGCUCCCAUACGUCAAUUAGGUUGCGUGACAUAAGUCACGCUAGCUGAAGGCUUCUGUAAAAUGUCUUCUGUAAAAUCAAAUAAAGCCGGAAAAACAACAUUUUACAGAGAAUGCUUUUCUUCCACAAUAAAUUGAAGACAUCUAAAUAAAUUUACAAUGAAUGUACUUCUUCGUUUGUCUCUCUUCCUAAUUCUACUUCAUGCCUCCUCCUAUUUUAACAUUUACCGUAAUUUCGAUCAUUUACCCGCGCGGCAGAUUACCCGCCUCGGUCAAUUUUUGCAAUGGCGUGAAAAAAUUUUCAACAGAUAACCCGCACUUGUAAAAAUCUGUUCUAAAAAAAUGAUAUCUCGGAAUCUACUGAGUCGGGGAAAUCGCUUGAAACGGGAAAAUACUCUUUAUCUGAAGGCAGUGCUAGCCAAGAAAAUUCUACUAAUGCUUCGAAUAUUCUGUCGGGCAUUUAAUUAUGCUGCGCCGCGAAAUGAACGUGUCGGCACAUUUUCUGUGUGAAUUGCCCUCAAGUCAGCUUUUUGACAAUUAAAUUCUUUUAUUUUCAAGUUCACUUCCCGGGUAAGCGAGAAUUGUUUUUUGAACUUAACAAAGAAACAAGAUAAAACCUUUGUUAUCGAGUUUUGUAGAUACGUUUUCGAUUUGCAUCGGCUUUCAUCGAUAGCAUUUUAAAAGUCUCUUAUUAUAAUUAGCAAUCUGCGCGAAAUAAAUGAGUUAUCACACAGGUUUUUUGAACUGUAUCUAUAGUGGAUCUUAUCACGUCUGUUUUUUUUUCCUGCUUAAAAGUGAUGCUAUUGAAAUCAACUCCGAUAUUAAUCGUAUCGAUCCUAUGACUACUGAUCGAGGAGUUGAAUGUUUUUUUCAGGUCAUACCCAUCGGCAUCAUGGGAUUGGUUUUGACAGUGAACGGGUCCAGACCGUCCUCUGCUUUGGUGAGUAUUAAAAUAGCAUAAUACUAUUUAAAGUCGGUCUAUGUAGUUAGUGAGGUAUGUUUGACUGAUUUUUUUUGUUUUUGUUAGCUUGUUUGUUUGUUUUAUUAUUCUUUGCUUCUUCUCGACAAUUUUCCCACCUAGCGUGCCCUUUAGAGAAUAUUAUGGUGUUUGACCGAGAACGUUGUACCUCUAAAAUCUUAACAUUUAAAACACGAGUGAUUUUACGCCAUGAAAACCGGCUUAGCUUCCCCUGCCAUUCAUUAUUGCAGAUAAUCGGCCUGAGGUCUGUGAGCAUUGCAUGUGCCGCUCUAUCAGUACUAACCAUAUAUACCUAUGCGAUGGCACUGAACGACAUAUUGUUCUUCAAAUACUGGGAAGCACAAACUGGUAAUGACCAGAAAUUUAGAUGGUUUGCUGAUAAAGACGCAGAAAUCGAGUUCCGGAAAGAGGAAAAAACCAUGAUAGCUGUACAUGUCUUCAUUAUCAUAUGUUCCAUCCUCGAAAUUAUACUUGUCAUGGCAAGUGUCCAAACCGGCAAGGCCAUGGCUAAGGAGCCACAGGAUAUCCAGGUUUGUGAAAUUACUCCCUAUGCAGUUAAUAAAUUAGAUACAACAACGACAAAAGAACUUAUGAUCCGAAAGGACGACAUCCCAAACUUCAGUGAUACAUCCUGUUCUUUGUCAGCAUUUAUUUUAGAAGAAGAAUAUAAGGGAACAUUACCUACUCUUGAUGUAAAAGAUGUCAUCUUUAAAAAGAUCAUUCAAAUACUAGUGCAAUUUAUUUGUAUGCCAAAUGCGAAAUUUUUCAAUUCAGAAUUGUAUUACUCUGAGAGGAUUUUAGCGAUCAGUCAUUAUUUGUCUCCUAAGGGGACUUUGGGGACCGGAGGGUUUCUUAUUUUUUGUAAUGAUGUUCAUCUCACUCCCCCACUAAGGCUCUGGAGUACAUUUAUGAUCCCCAACCAUGCGACCGAAAAAAAUCAACCGAAAAGCCCUAGUUGGAAGUUACAAUAAACAAUAAACGUGUCUUAAUCUAUCAGCGACGACUGAGCCCCCCCCCUCCGUUCCCCCUCAAAACCAAGUAAUCCCUCCGAAAAACCUCCCACCCCUACCCAUAACUAACCCCCCCUACGUGAUGAGUAACGACUGUUACCUUAGGUAAAAUAUUUUUCAUUAUAUCUAAUCAGCAGGCAAGCGUUGCUUAUCGUCAAGUGGCAGUGGAUGAUGUCCCUUUGUUAUUCUCGAGUUCAGAUCAAGAGGCAGCUUAGAUGGUAUCCGUUCCAUACACUGCUGUACAGAGGGCGACCUGAUGUAAUCCAUUGCUUUUUUAACGCCAUGAUAGUAAAUUAAUUGUUAAAACCAAAAAACCGAGAAUGUUAUUAUUUAUAUUUUAAUAUUAGUUAGUUUUUAAUCUAAACUUAUCUUAAAUUUAUACACCUUCAAAAGGUUUAAUUUUUUUUUCCAUUUUUGCUAUUUUUUCAUUUUGCGUGGUGUACCUGUAAACUAUUUUUUAGCUAAGCAUACCGACCACGUUAAAUACAUUGAUUGAUUGAUUAAUCAAAGUAAUUUAUGUCUUUUCGGGGCCGAAAUGUUUGCUAGAUAUCUUAAGAUCAAAAUGUACCCGGAAGCUUGAAGAAAGCGUAAAAUAUAAUUAACGAGCAACCUCCACGAAUUUAGAAAUGUUGUCAUCGACUUGCAGCUUUAACGCCCCACCCUCCUUCCCAAUCCGCCUUCGUCAUUUCGGAUCUUUCUCUUUCUCUCUCUGUUACUACUAGUGUAGAAUCUUGGGAAUAUUAUAGCCUUUACACCCCCAUCAUCAGUAUAACAUUUUCUUGAUACUGUUCUCUUUACAUUUCCUAUGGUACGAACAAAAGGAAUUUGUUUUACAAUAAAGAGCCUCUUUCGUUUGGGAUCAUUUCCAUUAUUCUCGUUGCUUAACUUUUUAGUCAGGGGUGAAGCAGCGGGGAGAAAAUAGACAGAGAGACAAGUUAAUAACUAGUUUGACCCUCAAAUUGAGGGCUAAAAAAGUUGUCACAUAGUGCAAGAAAUAAUAAGAAAAAAAAGCCUUACAAAUCAUACUCGAUUUAGUUUAAAACUUUCUUUCCCGAGCCCAAGGGGGUAUUUCUAAAUGACCAUUUAAAUGAACCAGACAGUAGUCGACGAAAGUCAAAGUCGACCAUCUACCUAUUGGUAACGUUAGAGUAACUCCAACAGAGUAAAGAACUUAGGAACAUGGUUCUAUGUGAACACGAGUCUCACUACACAUAUUAACAACACAUGUAAUGCAGCAUUUUAUUUCUUAUAUAAUUUAAGGCGCAUCAGGAAAUAUCUUUUUAGAGAAACUGCGGAAAUAUCAGUUUCAUGCGUUAGUAAUAGGAAGAAUAGAUUAUUGUAAUCGCCUUCUUUUUGGAGUGCCUGACAUUCAUUUAAAUAACCUGCAAAGAGUUCAAAAUACAGCAGCCAGGUUAGUUUGCAUUGUUCCUAGAUUCUGUCAUAUAACACCAGUUUUACGUUCUUUGCACUGGUUGCCUGUUAAAUUGAGAAUUAAUUUCAAAAUUUUAGUCAUUACUUUUUUUAUAAGGCUAUGUUUGGCUUUGCUUUCAGACAAAUUAAAUGUCUACAAUCAGUGUAUAUGACAUCUGUCGAUCAAAUAUAGCCGGAAAGCCAACAUUUUACAGAGAUUACGUUUCUUCCACAAUAAAUUGAAGAUGUGAAUAAAUUUACCACGAAUCUACUGCUUCGUUUGUCUCUCUUCCUAAUCCUACUUCAAUGUCUCCUUCCACUUUACCAUUUAUUACUAAUUUACAAUUUUAUGACGAUCAUUCGAAAUGCGCUUUAUCAUUUCCGUGCUCAUGUCGAUUAAUCGAUGUCCUUCAGGGACUUGUCAGCUGGAAUAUAAAAAUAAGUACCUUCUCAAAUAGUAACCCUAUUGAAAUCAACACUAUUAUUAAUCGUUUACAUUUUAUAACUAGUGAUCGAGGGGUUGAAUAUUCUUCUAACUCAGCUUUUUAAGGUCAUACCCAUUGGCAUCAUGGGAUUGGUUUUAGUCAUGAAUCUACACCCUCCUCAGCUUUGGUGAGAAUUAAAAUAGCAUAAUACUCUUAAAUGUCGAUCCAGGUAAUAGGUGAUGUAUGUUUGACUGAUCUUUUUGUUUUUGUUUGUUUGUUUGUUUUUUUAUUUUUCUUUGCUUCUUCUCGACAACUUUCCCGCCGAGCGUGCCCUUUAAAGAAUAUUAUGGUGUUUGACCGAGAACGUUGUACCUCUAAAAUCUUAACGUUUUAAACACGUGUGAUUUUACGCCAUGAAAACUUAGCUUCCCGUGCCAUUCAUUAUUGCAGAUAAUCGGCCUGAGGUCUGUGAGCAUUGCAUGUGCUGCUGUAUCAGUUCUAACCACAUUUACCUAUGCGAUGGCACUCAAUAGCAUAUUAUUCAUCAAAUAUAUGGAGGCAAAAACUGAAUACCAGGAAUCUCCAUGGUUUGCUUAUAAAGACGUAGAAAUCGAGUUCCAGAAAGAGGAAAAAACCAUGAUAGCUGUACAUGUCUUCAUUAUCAUAUGUUCCAUCCUCGAAAUUAUACUUGCCAUGGCUAGUGUCCGGACCACCAAGGCCAUGGCUAAGGAGCCACAGGACACCCAGGUUUGUGAAGUUAUUCUCUAUACAGUUAAUAAAUUAGAUAUGACAACGAUAAAAGAACUUAUGAUCCGAAAGCACCACAUCAAAAACUUCAAUAAUGCAUCUUGUUCAUUUUCAGCCGGUAUUUAUUUAUUUAUUAGAAGGAGAAAAUAGGGUGACAUUACGUUCUCCCGACGUAAACGAUGUUAUCUUUGAAAAGAUGGUUCAAGUACUAGUGUAAUUUCUUUGUUUGGCAAACGAGAGGUUUUUCAGUUCAGAUUUGCGAUACGAUAGGAUUUUAGGGAUCGGUCAUUGUAUGUCACUUUACGGGACUUUGAGGACCGGAGGGAUUUGUUUGUUUGACAAUAAAAUUUACCUCAUCCCCCCAUCAAAAGGCUCUGGAGUAUUUUUGUGAUCCCCACCUCCCCUUAUUCGCGGUCAACUGUCCACAGACCUCCCCCCCCUUUAUACUCGGUUAACGACGAAUGGUCCACCCUCCAUUCCCCCUGAAAACCAUGUGACCCCCUGAAAAGACCUCCGACUACCCCCAGCGAUGAAUAAUGAAGUUGUUUGUCAACUAAGGGGACUUGGGGAAUCGGAAGGUUUUGUUUGUUUUACAAUAACAGUUACCUCAUUCCCCUCCAAGGCUCUGGAGUAUUUUUAUGAUUCCCCUCCCCCCCCUCAUUGGAGGUCAAUUUUCUACAGUUCCCCUUUAUACUCUAUUAGCGACGACGACUGUCCCCCUCCGUUUACCUCAAAUCCAAGUUAUCCCUCCGAAUUAAAAACCUCCCACCCCUGCCCCCCUCCACCCCCUCCACCCUUAGGUGAUGAAUGAUGACUAUUACCUUACGUAAAAUAUUUUUCAUUAUAUCUAAUCAGCAGGCAAGCGUUGCCUAUCAUCUGGUGGCAGAGGAAGAUCUCCCUUUGUUAUUCUCGAGUUCAGAUCAAGAGGCAGCUUAG